AUGGGAACAGCAUACCGAAAAACAAUACAACGGGGGCAGCAGACCGAAUUACAAUGGGGGCAGCAGACCGAAUUUAAAUUGGGGCAGCAGACCGAAUUACAAUGGCAACAGCAGACCGAAUCACAACGGGGGCAGCAGACGGAAACACAAUGGGGGAAGCAGAACGAAUUACAACGGGGGCAGAAGACCGAAUCACAAUGGGAACAGCAGACCAAUUUACAAAGGGGGCAGCAGACCGAAUCACAACGGGGGCAGGAGACCGAAUUUAAAUUGGGGCAGCAGACCGAAUCACAAUGGGGGCAGCAGAACGAAUUAAAAUUGGGGCAGCAGACCGAAUUUAAAUUGGGGCAGCAGACCGAAUCACAAUGGGGGCAGCAGAACGAAUUAAAAUUGGGGCAGCAGACCGAAUUUAAAUUGGGGCAGCAGACCGAAUUACAAUGGGAACAGCAGACCGAAUCACAACGGGGGCAGCAGACCGAAUCACAAUGGGGGCAGCAGAACGAAUUAAAAUUGGGGCAGCAGACCGAAUUUAAAUUAGGGCAGCAGACCGAAUUACAAUGGCAACAGCAGACCGAAUCACAACGGGGGCAGCAGACGGAAACACAAUGGGGGAAGCAGAACGAAUUACAACGGGGGCAGAAGACCGAAUCACAAUGGGAACAGCAGACCAAUUUACAAAGGGGGCAGCAGACCGAAUCACAACGGGGGCAGGAGACCGAAUUUAAAUUGGGGCAGCAGACCGAAUUACAAUGGCAACAGCAGACCGAAUCACAACGGGGGCAGCAGACGGAAACACAAUGGGGGAAGCAGAACGAAUUACAACGGGGGCAGAAGACCGAAUCACAAUGGGAACAGCAGACCAAUAUACAAAGGGGGCAGCAGACCGAAUCACAACGGGGGCAGGAGACCGAAUUUAAAUUGGGGCAGCAGACCGAAUUACAAUGGGAACAGCAGACCGAAUCACAACGGGGGCAGCAGACGGAAACACAAUGGGGGAAGCAGAACGAAUUACAACGGGGGCAGAAGACCGAAUCACAAUGGGAACAGCAGACCAAUAUACAAAGGGGGCAGCAGACCGAAUCACAACGGGGGCAGGAGACCGAAUUUAAAUUGGGGCAGCAGACCGAAUUACAAUGGCAACAGCAGACCGAAUCACAACGGGGGCAGCAGACCGAAACACAUUGGGGGCAGCAGAACGAAUUACAACGGGGGCAGCAGACCGAAUUUAAAUUGGGGCAGCAGACCGAAUCACAAUGGGGGCAGCAGACGGAAUCACAAUUGGGGGGGGGGGGGAGUAGACCGAAUUACAAUGGGGGCAGCAGACGGAAUCAGAAUGGGGGCAGCAGACCGUAUAACUAUGAUGGCAGCAGAUCAAUUUUAGGGGCUUAG